AUGGACGAAAACGUCUCGCUUUUUUGCGGUGGGCUUUUUCACAUGCCACGGGGGACGUCGUUUUGUGUUUUUUUGCUGCAGCAGUUUCUUGUGUUUGUUGGGUUGUUGUUUUCUCCAUGUCAUGCGGUGCAGUCCGAUUAUGCAAAGUACGUUGAGGCCGCUGAUGGGGGUGCGUUGGGGUCGUCUUCGUUUGGUCUAGAGAACUCGCUGGCGAGUAUCGUUGACUGUUUUCCUGGGGUGAUACUUUUGCCCAGCAACACAACGUACUACUGCGAGAUCAACGGCAUUGCGGCCUUUAAAGAGUCGGUGCUGUUGUGCGCCUCGUACUACACCCGGGACGGUAGACUGUUUGGUGGUUGGCCGGCGACUGUGGAGGGGGCAGGAAACUUCAUUUCGUUUAUCCCUGGGACUGCAGCGCCCUCCGGUUUGAUAGCGCUUGUCAUCACGGAAUACAAUGCGUUGUUGAAUCCACCUUUUCUGCCCGUAACGACAAACAAGACGAUGGAGCUUUGGGACAGUGAAAAUACCCACACGUCCUUCUUUGCACCCUUUCCCUAUUAUGGAUUACAUGCAUCUUGGGAGAUGAACAUACCGAAGAAGUAUGUUGUUGCUGGUAGUUUACUUGUCCGCGCUGGGGUAGAGUGCCAGUCCAUCGCGAAGAACUGUGGUGCAGAAGUUGGAUGUUACAACGUCACCGAGUCCCAUCUUCUUCCUU